GUUUGGGUUAAGAGAUAGACAAAGCGUCUAGGCCAAUAUAGGCAGGAGCAAAACCAAUGUGCACGCGCAAGUCAGGAUCAGAUACGAAUCCCCGCAGGUACUCGAGAUAAUGACCUCAAUAAGGCUACACGACAAGCUUUUCACGGUUGCUUAAAUACGCCAAGGAAGCUUGUCUCCCAUCUCUUCGUCCCUCUACUGUCCAAAGGCAUCCUCAUCCACCACAAUGUUCACGAAUUCGGUGACCUCGUUGGCGCUUGCAUCGCUUGCGUUGCAGGCCAAUGCUCUUUCUAAGAAGCAAUGGCACAAACGAAGUGACCAUUUGUACCUGCCAAAGGAGACCAGCGACUACAAGACCGCUUCGGCUCCUAACAAUGUCACUAUUCGAUACAAGAACCCUGGCAUUUGUGAGACCACGCCGGGCGUAGAUAGCUACUCCGGAUACGUUGAUCUUACACCAGACGUCCAUGUCUUCUACUGGUUCUUUGAGUCUCGUAACAAGCCAGCUGAGGACCCCUUCACACUCUGGCUCAAUGGUGGGCCUGGAUCAGAUUCGCUGAUUGGCCUUUUCGAGGAGAACGGACCCUGCAUGCUGAAUGACAACCUGACGACGUACCACAACCCAUACAGCUGGAACAAUGUCUCCAACAUGCUUUACAUCUCCCAGCCCGUCGGCACAGGUUUCAGUUAUCAAAAGCAAGGUGUUGGCAGCUUCAAUCCGUUGUCUGAGGACUUUCACUACAAUUCAAGCGACUGGCCGGCGACAGGAAGGUGGCCUCUUUCUGAGCCUUUGAAUGCUGGAACUAUUGACACUACUGAUCUCGCUGCCGUCGCGACUUGGCACGUGCUUCAAGCGUUGUUGAACACUAUCCCUAAGUUUGACAUCAAGAUUGGUACUCCUCGAGAGUUCAACCUUUUCACCGAAUCAUACGGCGGACAUUACGGACCAGCUUUCUUCAACUACUUUUAUGACCAGAAUGUGAAGAUCCGGAACGGCAGCAUACCGGGCUACCCGCUCAAUUUUAAUUCACUCGGUAUAAUUAACGGUAUCAUCGAUGAGUCUAUUCAAGCGGAACACUACCCCGAAUUCGCUGUCAACAACACCUACGGCAUCAAGGCAUACAACGACACCGUCUACUCGUAUGCCAAAUUCGCCAACAACAUGUACAACGGAUGCCUGGAUCAGAUCAAGCAGUGCCGGGCCGCAGCCGAAGGCAAUGCUAGCUACUACCAUGUAGACGCACCCAUCACGGAGGCCGAACUGACCCCUGGAGUCGUGCAGAUCUGCAACGAGGCUGCUGAUAUGUGCCGCGACAACGUCGAAUCCCCGUACUACUAUUACAGCGGACGUGGUGUCUAUGAUAUCAGGCAUCCUUACAACGAUCCGACCCCGCCUCCCAACUACCCAAGAUACCUUAAUCUGCCUGAAGUUCAGGAGGCUCUCGGUGUUACUCUUAACUACUCUGGGAACAACGGCAUCUACUACGCUUUCCAGAACACCGGAGACUUCAUCUACCCCAACUUCAGACUCGAUUUGCAGCAUCUGCUUGACCAGGAUGUGCGUGUCAGUCUGGCGUAUGGUGAUGCUGACUACAUCUGUAACUGGUUUGGUGGCGAGGCUAUCAGUCUCGCAGUCGAUUACACCCACAGCAAGGAGUUCCGCGCCGCAGGAUACGAGGCCAUGGUCGUAGACAAUACUGAGUACGGCGAGGUGCGCCAGUACGGUAACUUUAGCUUUGCGCGCAUCUACGAGUCGGGCCAUGAGGUGCCUUACUAUCAGCCUGAGGCUGCACUGGCUUACUUCAACCGCACGCUUUUCCACUACAACAUUGCAACGGGUGAGAAGAAGGUCACUGCCAACCUUACCUCGUCGGGCCAGGCGAAUGCGACGCACACGAACUCUUUCGUUCCACUGACGAGUUCGUAUGUUCCGGCUUUCCCGUCGCCGAUUUACCCUGCUACAACAUCAGCCUACUAGUUCACACGAUGCUACUACAAUCUAGACAGGCCUUGGAAUCUGCAAGGGUACAUGUGUACAUAUUCUUUGAAAAGUAUUGGCUAUUCAGGACAUAGCAAACCCCAAUAUCACUACCCCAUGACAUAGUCCUGUAGAACCUUUGCAAGCGCGAGGGGCGGGUAAUAGCUAAUGACAACUUGCUGUCUUACCCACGUGGAUGCACUUUCACUCAAGUCUGGCAGACGAUAAAGCUCAACGUACAAAAUAGUAUUGUGGAAGCCGAUUAGCCUACCAUUCCAAGGUCGCCAAAAGCCCU